CCACCCAUCCAUCCAAAAAAUUCCUUGUAAACAAAAGCAAGCAAAGCAAAAUCCAGGACUCACUGCACUGCACUGCUAUUCAAUUCAAUUCAAAUUCAAAUUCCUCUCUGGAUCUCUCAGCUCAGAGCUCAUGGGAGGAGCUCAAGCUCUGAGCCUUGAUAAAAGUAGCCGCCAUGUUUCCGCAGCAACUAAUUACGAAAACAUGGGGCUAGAAGAGUACGAGAUUGGAGGAGAGAAGGGGGCUCCGAGAAUCGUGUGGGUUGUUGGAUCAGUUGUGGAGAAGAUGAUUAAGAAGAAUGAGAAGAUGAUGAAAGGGUGGAAGAUGAAAGAUGUGAAGAUCACUGCAUUUCAUGGCGCCAGAGCUCCUUCUUUGGGCGUUCAUCAGUAUAUUGACCGGAUUUUCAGGUACUCCAGCUGUAGCCCCGCCUGUUUCGUGGUUGCUUAUAUAUACUUGGAACGCUUCCUUAGCCAGACCGCCGGUUUUCUGACGUCACUUAACGUUCACCGCCUUUUGAUUACUAGUAUCAUGUUGGCCGCCAAGUUUCUAGACGAUGACUGUUACAACAACGCAUACUACGCAAAGGUUGGGGGGAUUACAAACUCGGAACUGAACAAGCUGGAGAUGAAGUUUUUGACGAGUCUUGAUUUCAGGCUGCAUGUAAGUGUAGACACCUUCAAUAGCUAUUGUUUGCAGCUAGAAAGAGAAGGGAACAAUGGGGAGACUACUCAGAUUGACCGGCCGGCUAAAAUUUUCGGCUAUGUGUGCGGCCGUGCACGUGCACCCAACAUUGCUUGUAGAGCUGUUUAAUAUUGAGAUUUUCAACUCAACUCAACUCUCUAUAUUUGUUGAAUGCAUAUUAAAAACUUAUCCCGGCAGAUGCCUCAACAGUAUACACCAGAUGUCACUUGACCACAA